AUGUGUGGUAUUUUCGCUGCUUAUCAACAGCCAAACGUUGAAGAGUUCAAGGCUAAAGCCUUGCAAUAUUCCAAAAGAAUCAGACACAGAGGUCCAGAUUGGUCAGGUAACGUUAUCCAAAAGCUGACGAUUUUAGUUCAUGAAAGAUUAGCUAUUGUCGGAUUGGAUGCUGGAGCUCAACCAAUCAGAUCUCCCGAUGGCAACUACAGUCUUGCCGUCAAUGGUGAAAUCUACAACCACAUCCAUUUAAGAGAACAAUGCAAAGACUAUAAGUUUCAAUCUUUAAGUGAUUGUGAGCCCAUCAUCCCAUUGUACAUGACUUAUGAUAUCGAAGCUCCAAACUAUUUGGAUGGUAUGUUUGCUUGGGUUUUGUAUGACAAGAUUAAGGAUAGAAUUGUCGCUGCCAGAGAUCCAAUUGGUAUCACCACAUUAUAUAUGGGUAAAUCCCUGAAAUCUCCUAAAACCAGAUAUUUCGCUUCAGAAUUGAAAUGUUUGAUUGAUGAAUGUGACGAGAUCACUGCCUUCCCUCCUGGUCACGUGUACGACUCCAAGACUGAUAAACUUACUCGUUAUUUCAAUCCUUCUUGGUGGGACGGUUCCAAUGUUCCAACUGAACAUGCUGAUCUUAAAAAGGUUAGAGCUAGUUUGGAAUUGGCCGUGAGAAAGAGACUUAUGGCUGAAGUUCCUUAUGGUGUUUUGCUUUCUGGUGGGUUGGAUUCUUCUUUAAUUGCUUCAAUUGCUGCUAGAGAAGCUGCUAAGGCUAAUGUUAAAUCUGGUGCUGUUGAUGCCAAUGCUGAGUUAUCUGGUGUUGAUGAUUCAGGUGCUUUGCAUUCAGUCGGGUUCUCAAGAUUACAUUCCUUUGCUAUUGGGUUACCUGGUGCUCCAGAUUUGGUUGCUGCUGAAAAGGUUGCCAAAUUCAUUGGUACUGUUCAUCAUUCUCAUACUUUUACUUUGGAAGAUGGUUUGGAUGCUCUUGAUGAUGUCAUUUACCAUUUGGAAACUUAUGAUGUCACUACCAUUAGAGCCUCUACUCCAAUGUACCUUUUGUCCCGUAAAAUCAAAGCUCAAGGUGUUAAAAUGGUUUUAUCUGGUGAAGGUUCCGAUGAAAUCUUUGGUGGAUACUUAUACUUUGCCAAUGCUCCAUCUUCUGCUGAAUUCCAUGACGAAUGUGUCAAGAGAGUUAAAAACUUACACUAUGCUGAUUGUCUUAGAGCUAACAAAUCAACCAUGGCCUGGGGUUUGGAAGCUAGAGUUCCUUUCUUGGAUAAGCAAUUCUUGGAAGUUUGUAUGAACAUUAACCCAGAAGAUAAACUCAUUAAACCUGGCCACAUUGAAAAGUACAUCUUAAGAAAGGCUUUCGAUACUACUGAUGAACCUGAUGUCAAACCAUACUUACCAGAAGAAAUCCUUUGGAGACAAAAGGAACAAUUCUCUGAUGGUGUUGGUUAUUCAUGGAUCGAUGGUUUGAAGGAUGCUGCUGAACUUGCUGUUACCGAUGAAGAAUUGGCUAACCCUAAACCAGAAUGGGGUGCUGAUAUUCCAACUACAAAGGAAGCUUAUUGGUAUAGAUGUAAGUUCGAUAAGAUGUUCAACCCAUCCAACGUUGCUGCCACUACUGUCAUGAGAUGGAUUCCAAAGGCUGAAUGGGGUUGUCAUGCUGAUCCUUCGGGUAGAUAUGCUGCCACUCAUGCUCAUAAGGUUGAUGAAGCUCACUAG